ACUUAAGAGAGCACUUUUUGUUAGCUAUAACAUUAGCCUAAUCAUGGUACAUGUGUGUAACUUUAGUAUGUUACUCAGUAGGCUACUUUAAUGCAAGAAAAACAAAGUGCACCCUCUUUAAAUGAAUGCCUAGACUAGUGUAGUUUUAUAUUAUCAUUUGCAUGUAGCCUAUAGUUUUGUCCACUACAAAUGUAAUAUAGUUGAAUCAAAACUCAUUCCUAUCUCAUGUAGCCUCAGUUUAAUUCGCGAAAUAGCCUAUUACAUAUUCUAUGGCAAAGCAUACACCCUACCUAAACGUCCAAGCGUAACAAUGCGAGAGAGCUUCAAUUUCUCGGUUCGGCUGUUUCCGGCUGCAGUCGGCUGAGGGAAUGCAGACAGUGUAGUAGUCAGUGGAGACGGGCAAAAAAAGAAAAGGAAAGGGAUAAACAGCUCCGACGGCUAUCCAGGAGCAGCGCCGAAAAAUAAAACCAGCAGGUAGACGUUGUCGCAUUCCAUGACAGUGACUGGGCGGACCUAAAACUGUAUCCCACCGGCCCGUAGAGCUAAUUUAACAUAUGAACAAGAAGAAAUACUGGCAAAUGUCAAUAACAGGAGUCAGGCGAGCGGCUUGUGAGGGAUCAGAGCUCUGACUGAGACUGGCUGGCGGAGACCCGUUAAGACGCACAAGCGGAUUAGGACUCGCGAGCAGGUGCCUUUGUUGGCUCGCGCCGUUGCUAGUGGAGACCCGCAGUAGCCCGACGCGCUUCUUUAAAAUUAAUGCCUUCGAAUGAGCUUCUCUUCAACACACGGUGAAUAACACGAGCGUGACAGUUCUAGGGGUUUUUUAACCAAUGCACUUUCCGGCACCAUGUUCUACGGUUCCUCAUCUGCCAGCAUGUCUCUGCCAUCCAAGAACCGCCUGAAGCGACAGAGUCGCACUUUUACGCAGGUUCUUUACCGGACCCUGAGUUAUCGGGAUCGUCGCUCUGUGACCGACCUACCUGAGCAGGUACGGGACGAUCCAGCUGAGCUUUCCACCCAAUCAUCUGCACCAGGUGUGCUGAAGAUAUUUGGUGAUGAAAUCAGUGCUGGCGCUAACUACAAAAGCGUCCUUGCCACACCUCGUUCCAGCGCCCAAGAGUUGAUCAAAGAGGCGCUUGAUCGCUAUUCUCUAAACAAGGCCUCAGUUUGUAGCUAUGUGUUGUGUGAUGUGAUUGGACGGUUUGAGGGCCCAGACCGGCGGUGGCGGACUGAGUGCCUUCGGGCGCUAGGGAACAACGAAAAGCCCCUUCUCUUGCAGGACCUUUGGAAGCCAAAGGAGGGUUACUCUCGCCGCUUUGAGCUCAGGAGAAGAGCUGAGGUUGAGGAACUGGCAGCAAAAGAGAAGGAUACAGUCACUGCAGGGACCCACACAAACUCCCCUGUGCUAUCUUCAACCUUGAGUAGAAGCGGGCAUGGUAGAUGCCAUCGGAGCUCCCCCCGGGGCUGGCGUUUGAUACAGCCCUGUACAACUAUUGUAAAAGAUAUCAAUGCUCAAGCAAGGAAGCUGCAAAGAAACCGUGCUAAAGGAACAAUGACACUCAAGCACGGCUCCUCGUUUUGCCGUAGCCUCAGUGAAACCAGCCUUAACUUGGUGGGACUGCCUGGUGAGGAACCUAAACGGUACUACUCCACCCUCCCAGGGCCAAUCAGAACACGCUCUGCACGAGACGCCGAGAUCCGUAAAGAACGAGAUGGUGGCGGAGUUAAACACUCUCUCUACCAAUCACCACACUUGCUGCUCCUUCAAGGGUACAACCAACAGGAUUGCCUGGUUUACCUGUUGAAUCGAGAGCAACACACAGUUGGUCAGGAAACAGCAUCAGCACGGCCAAAUAUCUGCCUGUCGUCUCCGGAUGUGCUUCCACUUCACUGCCGAAUACGUCGUGCUGUGCAACGGCGCUCUUCCUCGGACCAGCGGUUACUUCUAGAACCUGUCGCCCAUGGCAAUGUUCUGGUUAACUUCAUGCGUAUUGAGCGGCCCACUCCGCUACGUCAUGGGGAUUUGCUGUCCUUUGGUGCUCAUUACAUCUUCCUGUACAAAGACCCACUGUGUGCGAAACCUCUUCCUGGCCAAACUUUCACUCGACUUCGGGCGCUGGCACGACUUUGCGAUAGCGAGUCGGGGGGUGUGCCUGAGAAAGGAGAGGCAUGUCGUAUGUGUGGGGCCGUAUUACAUGAACCAGUGGCGUCUCGGCGCAGCUCUAAGGCUCCAGCGCGAGGUGCACAGAAGAGAAAGCUGGCGUUGGAAUUUGACCGGGCUCACGAGGAUGCGCUGGUGAACCGGAUGCUGACACUUAUUGAGCCGAGCGGGGAUGACCACAAGCUGACACCAGCAUAUUUGCUUUGUCUAUGCAUCAAGCACUCAGCUAAUACAUUUCCACCUGGCAGCUUUGGUAAACUAUUGCUGAAAAUUUCCAAGAGGAUUCAAACCAUCGCAUGGGAGAAGACAAAGGAGUUGGCACAGAAGCAAGCUCAGCAUCAAGAUCCUGCCUCCCUGUCUCUGCUCAGCAUCUCAGACCUAGUACCUGAUCUCCAGUUCAUUUUCUUCUGGAUGUCCAAUGCCAUAGAAAUACUGUAUUUUAUCCAGCAGAAGUCCCCUGCAUACAUGCAGACUAUUGAGCUCAUGGACGAUAAAGCAGGAUCUAAAGAAUCUCUCCUCUCAGCAACAAUAUCAGCAAAUGAAGAGGCUAUGACCAUACUGGAGGAAGUGAUCAUGUACACCUUUCAGCAGUGUGUCUACUACAUCACUAAGACUUUGUACGUUGUGUUGCCUGGGCUGUUGGACUGUAACCCGUUUGGGACAGAGUCUUCAUCAGAGCAGUGCCGGCGGGCUGUUGGAGUGUGUGUUUGUGCUGUGUGUGUGAUGCCAGAGGCGGUUCGCAGGGUGGUGAGUGUGUUUCAGACUACAUCAGACCUGCUGCAGCAGUACCAGGUUCAUGCAGAGAUUCAGAGUCAAAUGUUCGCCUACCUCUUCUUCUUCACCAAUGUCUCACUCUUCAAUCAACUCAUCGAUAAAGGCCCUGCACGUGGCUGGUUUCAGCGUUCUCGGGUCCUGCAGAUCCAGGCUAGUGUGAAGAUGCUGCUGGACUGGGCUAAAGGGGUGGGACAUAGUCAUCUUGCACAGAAAUUCUUUGCCAAGUUCUGUAGUGCUGUGAGCAUCCUGGCCACAACACCACAACAGCUCUCACAGAUGAGUUGGAAAGCUUUGUGUGCUGAGCACCCGUCCCUAAAACCUGUCCAGCUACACAGAAUCCUCACACAAUACCAGCUCAUGGCUGAGCUCGGUCCUCUACCAAUCUGGCAACCCAGCAGUGAAGAUGAGGCCUAUAUCUACAGAACCGUUGAUCUACUGGAGAGUUUUGAGAACCACCCUCCUAUUGUGCUGCCGAGUGCUGGAUUUAAGGUGGACCUGGAGAGUGAUUGUGUGGAGGACAGUAUAUACCGCCAGCUACUUUACGUUCGUCACUUCGUUUGGGGUCUUCGCACCAAGACCCAUCCUUCUAAUGGCUGUGCUGACCGGCAGGAAGCCCAGCGUGAGACUCCUCAGCAUCACACCAAUUCACAUGCAGCACCUCCGAUGCGUGGGGAGGGAGAGGGGGAGGUGCGGGGCUCCUCCGCGGGUCUCGGAGGAAGAGGAGAGGGGGCGGGAGCUGAGGAACGACCCCGAGACAAGCCACCGCACAGCAUUCACCACAGAAACGGGACCAGCAUCCGAUACGCCAACCAAAUCCAAGCGACAGACUCUUCCUGUAUACUGACUCCACCUAAUACGCCCCUCUAUCCGGAACACACGUAUAUACACUCCAACACACAGUCCAAUUCAGUCCACUACCCUGAGCAUGCUUCACAAGAGCACACACAUACACACUCUCACACAAAGUCCAAUGGUUGCAUGCGUUCUACUCCAGAGCACAAGAAAAUCAAUGGCUUCAUCAGCAAUGGCAUUGAAGGCCCUUUGAGUGGUUGUGGUUUUCCUUUCCCUGUCCCUGUCUCGCAUCUGGACCCAAACUCUGAUGAUAUCUGUUCCGUCUUUGUAGUGGACCUGGAUAAAGGACUAUACGGCCUGGGGAUGGGACUUAUCGAUGGACUUCACACCCCUCUGAACUCUCCUGGAAUCUAUAUCAGGACACUGAUUCCAGAUGGACCGGCUGCUGCAGAUGGGCGACUUUGCAUUGGUGACAGAAUCCUGGCUGUAAAUGGGACCAGUCUCAUUGGAGCAGACUAUCAGAGUGCUGUGGAUUUGAUUCGUCUGGGGGGAGGACGGCUCCGGUUUCUUGUCGCCAAAUCAGAUCUUGAAGUAUCAGAGAAGAUCAGUGCCUCUUCCUGCUGAGAGAGAGGCUGCAAGUGUGACCCUCUACCUAAACGAAAUAUGAGGAGGACUGCAGACUGGAGAACAAGCACACUAUAGGACCUCUCAGCGACUACAGCUCUCUAUCUCAGCCCUGUACAAUACUGCACUCUUUCUCAUUCAGAACAACAGUUUGACACCUCUGUCUGUCUUUACCUCUUAGCCAAUCUGGUUUUGUCAAGUUUUAUUGAGGGGGAAGAUAUUUGUGCACAUAAAAUAUAUGUGAUACGGAUCGAUUCAUUUAUUUACGGGUUGAGCCUAUGGGUUUGACAAGUUUGUACCCAGCUCUUCCGAAUGUGUCUGUUCCCAGCCGAGAGACACUCAAAAAAAAUUGACACAGAGUGUGUACAUCUAAUCAGUAAAUAUCAUUCUACACAUUUUGUGUUGGAUGUUGUGAACAAAUACACAGAUUGUGUUAAUUUUAAAUGACACAUUACUAUGUGUAACACAUCUGAUUUCUUCCAACACAUUUUUAUCUAAUAUUUACACAACAUGUGUAAUCUAAAGUGCUACACAUAAUUUGUGUCAUUUUUCUACACAUUUCUUCUAAGAGUGUGGCUGAUACUGUACAAAGACAAUAAUGGAAAACAACAGGGGAAGUAGGUUUUUUAAGAUUAGGUCAAGACAAAUAUCUGAUCGUUCAUGAUUGAUAAAAAAGAUUUGAAACAUAUUUUUUUUUUUCUGAUUGAUAUAAUCUCUACUGGUAGGCUACAAAAGUUCUCUCUUUCAAAUUGUUGGUUAACAACACUGAACAUAUCUAUAUAUCCUGAACAAUUGCGCUCAACAAAAUCAAUCUCUCAAGAGCCUCAUUUCAUGGUGCAACACUCUUUCUUUUUCUGUGUUCCAAGUAUCUUUAAAUUCUCAGUUUCCUAUGUUAGCAAUACUCACAAUGGCAACAACUUAAGGGUUAGUUCACUCAAAAAUGAAAAUGUGUUCAUCUUCGGAAACACAAAUGAAGAUAUUUUUAAUUAAAUCAGAGAUUUAUGCCCCUCCAUUGACAACAACGCAAACACCACUAUCAAAAAGUUCAUAAAGAGAUCGUAAAAUAAAUCCAUGUCUAUAAUUGAGCGGUUUUGUCCAAAGAUUUUCUUGAAGAGACAAGAAUUGAUGAACAGAUUGAAUUUAGGCUUUUAUUCACGAAUAAACAUUCAUCAACUCCCUUAUCAGUUAUGAUAAAUGGAAGUUAAAGCAUGGUGGCUUGACAUGCAACAAUCAAUAAGGUUCAUUCACAUGUUACGCAUCGUGUUUGAGCUUCAAGGUUUGUUCACAUCAAGGAAGUUUGGUUGAGCUUCUGUUUAUGUUUGCUGAUCAAUGUUUAUAUGCAAAUAAAAGCCUAAAUUCAAUGUAUUAAUCAUAUAAAGCAAUCGAGUCUCUUCCAAAAAAAGAGACUAAACUGCUCAAUUAGCCAAAUAAAGAUUAGUUUUACAGUCUCUUUAUUAACUUUUUGAAGCACCAUAAUGGUAGUUGAGCAGUGUCUAUGGACAGAAAUCAGAUACAUCAUCGUGUGUUCCGAAGAUGAACGAGUAGGUUUGGGGUGACAGAAUUUUAAUUUUCAAAUUUAAUUUUCAGUUCACUAACUCACAAGUUGCAUAUUAGCUAUAUAUCAUUUAUCGUUUUCAAAAUGAUAAAGUGUUAAUAUACUAGGCUACAUAGAAUUCACAAUAUAAGCUGCUUUGUUGAGUGGACAUAACUUUUGAAUACUGAAAUAAUGUUUAUUUUUUCCCAUUAUUUCAUGUUUGUACUAAAUCUGUAUCGCAAUUUUUCAUAAAUGCAUUUUUUUUCUCAGUUGAACUUAUAUUUGGAAGAUUUAUAUGGUAACAUACCUUGCUAUUAAAACUGAACGUUGAGAAGUCAAA